UAAGGAAUCGGGAAAGAGGGAGAUCGGAGUGAGACUGUGCUUUGAUGUCAGAAAAUUCCAGGAGUUUCCUGUUAACAAGCCUGGUGUGUAAUGUGAACCAGCAGUGUGAGCCUGUGUGCAGGCACAGUAGAGUUUCCUCAGUCACUCACUGACUGCUGCUGAGAGAAGUUAACACCAGCCGUGCUUUGGAAUCCUCUUACUCUCUCUUUAGGAUCGGAUUCAGAGUUGAUCCAUUUUUUUUAGGAGGCAGAAUGGUCGAUUUUCCUGUGUGAUUCAGAAUUUGUCUUUAAUAUGCCAUUUUGUUGUCUUUAGUCACGAUUAAACAGCACCUCAUUUUUCUUAAUGCAACAGCAGAGGUGAUAAUAGUAUACCUCAACUUUGGUUUCUUCAAAAGAGGGCUUGUGACAUGCAAACCAGUUCCAGCUGAUCGACAAAGUCUUCACCAUAAAGAUGUGGCGUUUCCACACAUCACGCUCACAUUUGCUGUUCUUUGCUGCCUUGUGGAGCUUCAGCCUCCAGACUCUACUCGCAGCCUGGCCGGAGAUUGGCCACAGCAAACCCAAAGAACAGCUGGAUCCUAAUGUGAGAGACUGGGGGGACUACUCAGAUCUUCCUCCAGGAAUGGAGCAUGGACUUGGGUUGGAGGAAGACCCAGAUCACAGAGACAACAGAAGAGUCGAAGAGACAUCGAGUUUCGGUUCAGAGUUGGAUUUUCUGGCUGAAUUUGCAGGUAAAAAGCGACUGUGGGUGAUAACAGCCCCGACAAACAAUGAUCACUAUCUACAGAUGAUGGAGAUACAGCUGGAGGACACAGAGAAGAAAGGGCUGAACUGCCAACUGGCAGAGAGAGACACCUUCAUCAUCACCAUCAUCCAAAAUGCUAUGAUGGAAGGUCGGAUACAGAAAACAACCAUCCAAGGAGAAGCCACAGUGGAGAACCUUGACUCAGACACAGUCACCAAACUGCUGCACUACCUGGAUCUUAACCAGGAGGAAGCGUUCACCAUGCUGAUCCUGAAAAAGAGUCUACGAGUCAGUGAGCGUUUUCCAUACCCAGUUCGCGUUGAGGCCAUUUUGGAGCUGAUAGAUCAGUUCCCUGUAAGGAAGCUGGAGAAGAUGACCAGAAAGGGAGGCAACCAAAGGUGUACCGUCCCGAAAAAGAAGGUAGUGGUUAAAAGAAAGAAGCUGAAGAGGAAAAUGGUGCUGAGUCCUCAAAGGCAAGGAAAUGUGACAUCUGUGGUGGCUUUGCCAAGAAAACUUCCGAGGGACAAAAAGGCUGUCCUAAAGAGUAAGAUCCAGGACAUUCUGAAUGGCCUUUCGAGGUUUGUUAUCCGUAAACCGUCUUCUGCGGGGUCCAGUAAAGAGAAGGACUUGAGCAGCAGAGGCCAGGACUCUUCCAAUACACAGGGAAAUCAGAAAGAACCCAGUCCUUCCACAGUGUCCAAAAAGAGCAAAGAAGUGAAGCAACACAGCCCUGACCCCAGUGAGGAAGAAGGCAAGAAAACACAUGGGGGGAAAAACAGCAAAGAUAAAAAGGCACAAAAUGUAAAGGAUGACUCGCAAGAAAAACACGGCUCUAAGAAAAAGGGCAAAGGAAGAAAAGGAAAGAAAGGCAAAGGAAGAGGGAAAAAGUCCAACAGAGAGGCCAGUGAGAAGGACAAGGCAGCGUUGAAGGACUUUUUGGAGACUUUUAAAGGAACCAGAAGGUUGAUGGUCAUGUCAACACCCAGUCCAGAGGGAACACUUUACAUUCAACAGAAAGAAGAGAACGAGAGACAUCACUGUGACCUUGCUAUCAGGAAGGUCACUGUGGUCACCAUGGUGGAAGGCAGCGAAAGUACAAUUAAACUGCAACACCAUCAGCUCGAAGGUGAGCCUCCACUGCCCGACCAAUCAGAGACCUUUGAUGUGGGCCUCACAUCUCUUAUAAGAGCGGAGCUGGGCCUGUCCUCCCCAGAUCUCUUUUCCAUGACUGUCACAGACUAUGACAUGACGCCUAAUAGAGUGUUUGAAGCUCCACCAUCAAGCUCUGCCCUGUUAGAGUACAUAGACAAUUUCCCUUCAAGGCAUCCAGAAAAAGAAGAGGAGAGAAAGAAUCCUCCAGUCUGCUCUAAAGAGGCUGAAGCAGGGAAUCCCCUGCUCAGGUUCAUGUCUACGAGGCGACUGUUAGUGGUUUCUGCACCAUCUGAAGACGAUUACUCUUUCCAGCAGCAGCUCUCUGCUCUCAACGGACAGCAGUGUCACUUGGGUAUUCGACACUUUGCUCUGUUGAAGUUGACUGGAAUCGGAGACAAAGCAUCAGGAACGGUUGAAUUAUUUCCUCUGAAUGGACACAGCCAGAGUGAGGUUGAGCCUCUGUCUCAGGAUGAGGUCAACAAUGUGAGAGAACAGUUGAAGGUCAGCAAGGACUACUUCAGCAUGUUGGUCGUGGGGAAAGAUGGGGAUGUGAAGGCCUGGUUCCCGUCACCCAUGUGGUCCUUAGAUAACGUUUACGACCUGGUGGACUCCAUGGAGCUCCGCAUGCAGGAAGAAAAGUUGCAAAGGAGACUGGGGAUCCACUGUCCUGAGGACAGAGGAAGAGGAGGCGGCGAGGCAGGACACUAUGGUGGUUAUGAUGGAGACAGAGCGGAGAUGUAAGGAAUGGACUGUAACAGACUGAUAAACCUCAGAAGAUCCAUCUCCAGGAUGUACAGGAUUCAAUGUAUGAAAUGUUUGCAAAAAAAUAAAUUUGUGAAAAGAAGCAGGGGAUAGUUGAAUGGUUCUGUUCAAGACAGUACAACACAUGUGCAUCUGUGUUGUCAUUUUAGGACUUUGUUUUGUGUUAAACUGAUUGCAGCAACAGGGGAAGAAGAGGAAGAACGAAGGAACUCAGAGCAGCUUCAGCUGUUUGGCAUCACAUCUGUCCAAAUUGAACGUUUUCAACCAUAAGUUAAACAUCUGCUCUUUAAGAUCUUCCAUCUGCAGACACCUCAGGGUCAAAGAAUGGACUUCUCAUGCCGAACCUUGUGUAUGUCACAAGCCAAUCUUUUGUGUUUAUUUUAGCGUCACAAUUGAAUUUGUUUCCUUAGCAUAAAACAGUCGCACUGUUUCUAAUCCUAGUUAUUGGGCAUUUAAGUGCUUUUCGAUGUAUCCACACAUUUAUGGUCCAGUUUUAACGCCACUGUAAAGUUUUCAAUGUGCAUAAAAUAUGUUACAACAUGGAAAACAUCCUGGAGCUAUACUUUUUAAAUGGACUAGUAUAGUGAUGGCAAAAGAACAAACACCAUAUGUACAGCACAGUUAGAAAAAAGUGUCAAAACAAACUAAAUGAUAAGAUUAUUUAUGACGAUGCCACUGAUACCAUGUCGAUGCCAACAGCAAAAAAUACAUUGAUAUCUGCUUUUUUCCGGUACCGGUAGUAUCGCGUCUUGGCAGAACUAAUGAGAGCAGUAUACACGUCAGCAAUGAGGAGUCCGCUGCUGAAGAACAACGGCAGAUGUCUUUAAAAAAAAAAAUCACUUCACUAAGUGCAGGCACAUCAAUAAGUCAGGUAAUAGGAGUCGCGUGUGGAGAUACUUUGAAUUCGAGGUUGAUAGUAUUCGAGCAGUAAUAAAUCCAUAAAAACGGAUGUG